UUUCAAUAUUAAUAAAAUGUUUAUUUUUAAUAUGUUUUAUACACUUUAACGUUAAAUGUGUGUACGUUAAAUAUCUAACGAUUAACGUGUGUGAAUAACAUUUGAAUUUAUCGUAUACAGAAAAUCUUUUAUUCAAUCAAAAAAAUCAAAAUUUGUUAUUGUUGAAAAAUGUCUUCUGAAACUGGAUGUGUAAAUCCACAAGUGCAACCUAUUUUAGAUUCAGGUCUGCCAGUGAUUUGGGUAUUGGGUGGUCCAGGAUCAGGAAAAGGCACACAAUGUGACAAAAUUGUUGCUACAUAUAAUUUUGAACAUAUAUCAUCCGGUGAUCUACUUCGUUUAGAAGUGAGUAAACAAAGCGAACGUGCUCAAGCCUUACAAGCAAUCAUGAACGAAGGUAAAUUAGUACCAAUGGAUAUUGUCUUGGAUUUGAUUCGAGAAGCAAUGUUAGAAGGUUUAAAGAAAAAUAAAAAUGGAUUUUUAAUUGAUGGAUAUCCAAGAGAACUCAUACAAGGUCUUACAUUUGAAAAGUCAAUUGUACCCGUCAAUGUUAUAUUAUAUUUUGAAUGCCAGGAACAAACAUUAAUUGAUCGGUUAUUAAAUCGUGGUAAAACAUCUGGACGUCAAGACGACAACAUUGACACAAUUAAAAAUCGAUUACAAACAUUUUUAACGAAUAAUGAUGCAAUUUUAAAGGAAUUCGAGGGCAAGUUAGUCAGGAUUAACGCUGAACGAUCGGUUGAUGAAAUUUUUGUUGAUGUGAAAGCUGCAUUAGAUAAAUUGACUGCCAAGAAGUAAUGAAAGCAUUAAUAUUUGCUAGAAAAUUACAAAUUUAAUAACAUACACUCAGGGCAGAUAGAGUUAAUUACAUCGAAAAUGUUCAAUAAUUUUAUGGUAGUUGUGUUCAAAGUGUAAUAAAAUAUAUUUUAUCAGAAAGCAAUCGCGUUACAGAUUUGGAGUUUUAAAAAUGUUGGAAAUACAAAUGAAAAUUAUUUUAUUCAAUUUUUAUUGCUUUGUUCCGCAUUACACUUUUAUGAUGUAAAAUAUACAGCUUAUUUAUUACUCAUAC